AUGUAAUAAUUAGAUUUACCAUUUGUCAGAAAACAAAAAUAAAACACGGACAUUUGGAAAGGUCCUAGUUUCAAGGACUAUUCAUUUGAAGAAGAACGAACUUCACAUAUUUAUAAAAAACAACAUCGAAGGAAAAGUUGUUAUUGUUAAUUGUGUGGCAAAAUGAGUCUCUUUCAGUACACUUAUAUGAAUGUCUCCUCUUGUGUGAAUCAUAUCAAAAAAUCCUUAAUUCUGCAACAAGAUAUCGAAAAGUAAUAAGAACUUGAAAAAUAGUAGAGUAUUAUCGACCAAAGAUUAUUUAGAGAUAACAUUAAUUUAUAACAUCAUAAUAGGAGUAAAUCUAUAGAGUUGAGCAAUACUAUAUUUUUGAAUAAUUGUCUUAGAGAUAGGAAUAGAAGAAGUUGUGAAUGUAGUGAAUGUGGAAUAUAGAGCACUUUCUAAUAAAAAUAUUAAAAUUUGCACUUCUUUAAAAAAUAACUACUGGCAAAUCAAUUUAGAAUUAAAAAGAUUUUAAAAAGACCUCAAUACAGAAAAUAGAACACAGAACAAUUUUCACCCGUAAAAAAUGGAGAGUUCAGGUAUUUAAAGAAAAGAAUGCUUGAAAUAGAUCUUAAUAAUUCAAAAAAUGACCACCCCAUAUUAAAGAAGUUUCAAGUAAAAUAACCUUAAACAUAAAGAGUGCUACGUCAUCAACAAUCAUUAAAUCUAUUUGAAACGAAUACUAAAAUUAAAUUCGAUUUACAUUCACCUAUAGAAAAUAAAAAACAAAUACUACCUUAUUUUUAAUUCAAUUAAAACAGAAGUCCUCCCUAAAAGAAUAAUAAAAAACCUGCCAUCACUAACCAAUAAAAAGAAUACUUUAAAAAACAUAACUAAAAAUCUGGUAUAUUUUGA